UGACUUUGCAGUUGUUGCUGCUUUCCCCGCAAACGCAACUCAGCUUUCCUUCGAUCCCUGAAUCUGGACGUUACUAAAGCAGCCCAGCCAUCCACGCACCAUUUUAAAAGCCAACACAGAAAGCACAGAACCACCACAUCGUUGCCUUCCUCUAAACGAUAAAUUUUUGGGAUUCUGAAACUAGUGAUACAUUUUCUUGCAUGAAGGCAGCGUAUUGAGGAAUUCAGUUAGUGUAUUGGAAGAUCUAGUUCAACAUGUCUUCUGUAAGCAAGGGUGAUAGGAAGGCUUCCAUUGAUGCAGCAUCAUGGCUGUUCAAUGUGGUCACGUCUGUGGGAAUUAUUCUUGUCAAUAAGGCCUUGAUGGCUACAUAUGGUUUUAGUUUUGCUACAACUUUAACUGGUCUCCAUUUUGCCACGACAACCUUGUUGACACUCAUUCUUAAAUCGUUGGGAUAUAUCCAGACCUCUCAUCUUCCAUUAUCUGAUAUAAUCAAAUUUGUCUUGUUUGCAAAUUUCUCCAUUGUUGGGAUGAAUGUGAGUUUAAUGUGGAACUCUGUUGGUUUCUAUCAGAUUGCUAAGCUGAGCAUGAUUCCAGUAUCUUGCUUCCUGGAGGUUGUCUUGGACAAUGUACGAUAUUCAAGGGACACAAAGCUUAGUAUUGUUUUGGUUUUGCUCGGCGUUGCUGUCUGUACAGUCACUGAUGUCAGUGUCAAUGCAAAGGGUUUCAUAGCUGCUGUAAUAGCAGUUUGGAGCACAGCCCUGCAACAGUAUUACGUGCAUUUUCUUCAGAGGAAGUAUUCUAUUGGGUCAUUUAACUUGUUGGGCCACACUGCACCAGCACAGGCAGCAAGUUUACUUCUAGUAGGCCCCUUUAUGGACUACUGGUUGACGGGCAAACGAGUUGAUGCCUACGGCUAUGGUUUGACAUCCACGUUGUUCAUCAUUCUGUCUUGCACUAUCGCAGUAGGGACAAACCUCAGCCAGUUCAUCUGCAUUGGUAGGUUCACGGCUGUAACGUUCCAAGUCCUUGGUCACAUGAAGACUAUCCUGGUCCUGAUCUUAGGAUUCAUUUUCUUUGGAAAAGAGGGUCUCAAUCUACAUGUUGUUCUAGGCAUGAUCAUCGCAAUAGCAGGAAUGGUUUGGUAUGGCAGUGCUUCUUCCAAGCCAGGGGGGAAAGAGCGUCGUAGCUUUUCCCUCCCCAAAACACAAGAUUAUAGUUCACUACCUGUGUCCUCUGAGCCAGAUACGAAGGAAUAGAAAAUAAUAGAAACUAAUUAGAGAAAAAGUGAUGAAACUUCUGGUGAACUGCAUGAAAAAAAUCAGGUGCCCAUUAGGCGAGCUGGUUCAUUUUCUUUAUACCAGGAGUGAAUUCCCAAUUAUUUAUAGAUCAUGGUUAUAUCUUUUCUUAUGUGUUAAUGAAUUGUUUGGGAAAGAAAUGAGAGGAAACAGCGUUAAGGGAUGGAAAAAUCUACGUUAUGUUCCUUUUUUUUUAUGACAGAAAAUGUUACUGUUACUUUUAUAGUAAAAGUUUAAUUCCAUUUUUCCCAUUAGGGUUGGUUCCGUUGUUA